AUGACACUACUGCUUCUCCUUCUCACAUUUCUCCUCUCCCUCAUCAUACACACCACAGCCCAAAGCCUCAAUGUAUCCACAAUAGCAGUUCAGAACGGCACCUCCGUACUCGAAUGCUGGAGCCUCGCAUCCCCCACCUCAGGCCGAGGUGCCCAAAACUAUCCUCUCGGUGACUCUAGCAAUGCCUUUAUCGGUGCAAUUCCUCCACACACUUAUAUCGGUCAAGCAUGGGCACCUUCCAUCCAAUAUUCAAUGAUCUUGCAAGGCCUAGUCCACCUCUCUCUCCCCAACAGUAAAGACGACAUUCACAUCCAACCCGGCCCUCUGAGUAUAAUUCUCGUCAUCGAUCAAAAAAAUGUGUCUAUCUCUGGUCACAUCACUGAGUUUCCGGGCGAGGAGAUGACGCUGAUUGCUCAGUUCCCAAUCACUGGGAAUCAAGUGCCUGUUCAUACUGUGUUGCACAGUGGGCCUUGUGGUGUCGAUGAUGUGAAAGGGUUGAUUGGUUGA